UCAGACGACACAUGUUUCGGCAUGUCAGUGAUCUUUAGUCGGCGGCGUCGUCUGCUCUCCCAUGCUCCCGACGAUGUGACAGUACCGUGGACAAUCUAUUCUCGUAGUUCCAAGGGUGGCCACCACGCCUGGGCAGGCGGCGCUGAGCUUUGCCUUCGAACCCCUAUUUGUUUUGGUGCAGACAACGGUUCGUUGUGGCCGCGCGCUUAUUUGAAGACGUGCGCUGAACGGUCGUUGUAUGAGAAAUUCACCAGACGUCCCGAGAGUUGGGUUAGCGAGAGUUUGCGAGGACGUGCGUGGACGGAGUUAAAAAUAGUUUCACGUUGCUCCUCGGGUGCUGCGCGCUGCGCGCGACCAAGAGACAACACGGGCUGGCUCUGUGGAUUCGCGGAUUCAGUCAAAGCCCCAAAGGGCCCGAAGGCCACGCCGCUGUCCUUCGCGUCCUCGCUCGCUCGCAUCCAUUUUCAUUUUUGUGGCCUGUAUUUUUACCUGGCGGACAUGGCACACGCAAAGGGGGCGAAUCUCGAGACCGACUCCACCGACCUGAAUCGCAGGGGCAGCCGGGACGACGUGUGCCGGGCCGGCCAGUGGUCCUUCACGGCGCGGCCCUUGCUGCGCGUCAGCCACACCUGGGUGCUGGAGCGGAACGCGCUCUUGGGCUGCGAGUGGAGGCUGCUCAGCUCCAGGAAGUUCGGUAGCCCGCGGGACGAGGACGUCGUCUGGACCCUGAGCCUGGAGGUCGACUACCCGGACUGCGCGCGCCUGGACAGCCUGCGCACGCCGGACAUGGUCCGCGUGUGUGUGGCGUUCAGCACGGAAGUGCCCCACAAGCGCGUGCACUUCCGCGCGGCGCUGCACGCGCAGCAGGAGGCCCACGGGGCGCUCGGCGUGCUGCCGUCGCUGCCCUCCACCGCGUCGUCGGCGUCGUCGGCCUCCCUCGACGACAAGUACGCGAUGGCGACGCAGGUUAGCGCGCCCGGCGCGCCGCCCAGCCCGCUGGCGGACAUGAUCCUGGCCCAUCCCGUGCAGAGGCAGCACAUCGGGGACGUGUACGUCGUGGCCUCGGACCGCUCGCUCACCAUCCGCGUGGACAUCGACUACCUCGCCGACGUGGAGGAGCCCCAGGCGGGCCCGGCGUCCGUGUCGCUGCGCGUGCCGCCCUGCUCGCUGGUGGCCGACAUGGAGGCCCUGCUCGUGGGCGGCGGCGCCGUGUCCGACGUGGUCCUGGUGGCGGAGGCCGACGGGCGGGAGUGGCGCGCGCACAAGGCGAUCCUGGCCGCCCGCAGCCCCGUGUUCGCCGCCAUGUUCAAGCACGACAUGGCCGAGAAGCAGAGCAGCAGGGUGGCGGUGGGUGACGUCAGCGGCGAGGUGUUCGACCAGGUGCUCAGGUACCUGUACACUGGGUGCGCGGAGCACAUCCGCACGCUGGGCGUGGACGUGCUGGCCGUGGCGGACCGCUACGCGCUGCCGCGUCUCAAGGCUCUGUGCGAGGAGGAGCUGGCGUGCGGCGUGCACGCCGACAACGCCCUGGAGGUGCUGGUGACGGCCGACCUGCACAACGCCAAGGCGCUCCGCGAGGCGGCGCUGCAGUGCGUGUGCGCCAACAUCCACCAGCUGCUGGGCUCCGAGGACUGGCUGGCCGUGACGCGCGCGCAGCCCCACCUGCUGCACCUCGUGCUGGCCAAGUGCGUCAACCUGCCCAGGCCGGACUGAGUGAGGCACACUGCCUGCCACUGCAGACUGCACCGAGGGACUCGGCUUCGAGCAGCAUGACGGCGUACCCCGUCCCGUAGCUCAAGGGAGUCAGCCGGCCGCCUGGUGGAUGCCGGGCCACGGCGGCGCCACGGGUCUACUGGAGGACCAAUCGCACUGUACGAGGCGUCCUAAGCCCGAGCAGUCCAAGAGAGACAGAGCGUCGAAGCCACUGCUCGGAAUUCGGCCUGCGAAGGACUUGUCGUCUCCCGCGGUUUUCCAAUACUGUAAAAGGACUCGACGGGAGAAAAAGAAACAUCUCAGUUGUUUUUGUGUACAAAAUAUUACAGGUGCAUUUUUAUUUGAAGCAAUUCGUUUCACAAAACCUAAAUUCUGUGCAUAUGAAAUAGAAUAAAACUCGUGGUAACAACA